AUGCUAAUCUUCCCAUCUGCUGUUCGCUCUCUGCAGUUCGCCAUGGUUCCACCUCGAUUCCAACCGCCGUUUCCACUGCACUGGAACGCUUCGAACACAGCCGCUUAUGCAACUGUCCGUGCUUCAUGUCGUUUUGACCCGACUCUAGGUCACUUUUGGCUAAGCAUUUUGGCAAUACGCAUCAUUCCGUUGGAUGUGGUUCAUGGGCGCAUGGCAUGGAAAGAAUCGACAUCUUGCUUCGCUGUCGAAAGCAGCCACAAGAAGUCGUUAUCGUUUCUUCGGUCACAUUAUGAGGAAGCUAGCAGGUCGCCUUGUUCAUCUUUCUUUGAAGAGCUCUCCUGA